AGAGCCUUGAGGCAGAACUUCACACCCAGAGAGCUGCACCACUAAACACAGCAGUGUCUCUCAGGGGAUGGACAUACAGUAAAAAGGAAGGGAAGACUGCAGAGAAACGGUCUACAGAGGAAUCCAUCAGUUACUGGAGUCUUUCAGGUGGAGCUUUCUAGGGAUCAUCAUAUUACAUCUACACAAAAAUGAAGAGAAGCCCCUUGUCUAAGCAACAAUCAACACCCACCUUGGGGAGGGAAAUGCAGCGUCAGUUCACCAAAAUCUCGCUCCACGAGGUGGACGAGAAGGUGCGUCUCAUGGCUGAGAAGGUGUAUGCCUCAGCUCUGAAGGAAGAAGACAGUAAAAAGACCUUGUCCAUGUUCACCGUUCCCGAGGACUGUCCCAUCGGCCUGCAACAAGCAAAGGAGUGGGAAAUACGCAAAGAGUUGGCCGAGCAAAAUUCAGAGGAGUCUGUCAAGAGGAAGCAGAGUUUCAAGCUGAUACGCUCACACUCGGUGUCCUUACAGAUUCCCAACGCCUCUGAAUGGGCAAUGUCUAUCAUUUCACCUCUGCUGACCUCUUCAACAGAUGCAGAGACUGUAGCUAUCAACAUCCCAGAAUUCCAGAGGGUCACUAUCAGCGGAGACUACUGUGCAGGGAUAACAGUGGAGGAUUAUGAGCAAGCAGCUAAAACUCUGCUAACAGCACUCUUCAUCAGAGAGAAAUACUCACGGCUGGCGUAUCACCGCAUUCCUAGAACCAUCACCAGAUUUCUGAGGAGUGCCAAUAAUGAGAAAUGGAGUGAGGAGGAUGAAGUGCUGCCAGAUAUCUGCCCCUGUCCAAGUGAGGGAGAGGAUCCUUACAGUAUGGAAGACAUACCACAGAAUCUGAACUACAUCCUAAAGAUGAAGGAUGGAAUCGUACAUGUCUACGACAAUGAAGAUGCUUUAAAACAGACCAAGCCGCAAAGUUUGCCAUAUCCUGAUCUGGAAACCUUUGCUAUCGACAUGAGCCACGUCCUCGCCAUGAUCGCAGAUGGGCCAACGAAGACAUAUUGUCACAGAAGGCUUAACUUCCUGAUGUCCAAGUUCUAUCUUCACGAAAUGCUGAACGAGAUGGCAGAGUUAAAGGAACUGAAAAGCGUUCCUCACAGAGAUUUCUACAAUGUCAGAAAGGUUGAUACCCACAUUCAUGCUGCUGCCUGCAUGAACCAGAAACACCUUCUGAAGUUUAUCAAGGACACUUAUAAAACAGAUGCGGAGCGGGUGGUGAUGGAGAAGAAUGGAAAGAAGAUGACCCUCAAGCAAGUGUUUGACAGUCUGAAAAUGGACCCGUAUAACCUGACAGUGGACUCGCUGGAUGUACACGCUGGCAGACAUACGUUUCAUCGGUUUGACAAGUUUAAUUCCAAAUACAACCCAGUGGGUGCAAAUGAGCUCCGAGAGAUCUACCUCAAAGGUGAUAACUACAUUGGUGGAGAAUAUUUUGCACGCAUCAUCAAGGAGGUUGCUCGUGAUAUGGAGGACAGCAAAUACCAACAUGCAGAACCCCGUCUCUCCAUAUAUGGCCGAUCUCCUGAAGAGUGGGGGAGCUUGUCUAAAUGGUUUAUUAAGCAUAAGUUGCACUCACCUAACAUGAGAUGGAUCAUACAAGUGCCCAGGAUCUAUGACAUUUUCCGAGCAAAGAAGCUGAUCCCUAACUUUGCCAAGAUGCUAGAGAACAUCUUCCUUCCACUAUUUCAGGCCACCGUUAACCCUCAGGAGCACAAAGAAACACACGUCUUCCUAAAACACGUGACAGGGUUCGACAGUGUGGAUGAUGAAUCCAAACACAGCGAUCACAUAUUCACCUAUAAGAGUCCAAAACCCGAAGAGUGGACCACAGAGGAAAACCCACCAUACACCUAUUACCUGUUUCACAUGUAUGCCAACAUCAUGGUCCUCAACAACUUACGCAAAGAACGUGGUCUUAAUACUUUCCAGUUCAGACCUCAUUGUGGUGAGGCAGGAUCGAUCACCCAUCUGGUGUCUGCCUUCCUCACUGCUGACAACAUCUCUCACGGACUCAACCUGAAGAAGAGUCCUGUGCUGCAAUACCUGUAUUACUUGGCCCAGGUGCCAAUUGCCAUGUCACCGCUCAGUAACAACAGUCUGUUCCUGGAGUAUUCUAAGAAUCCACUGAGGGAGUUUUUGCACAAGGGCCUGUGUGUGUCUCUCUCCACCGACGACCCAAUGCAAUUCCACUACACAAAGGAGGCCCUAAUGGAGGAAUAUGCCAUAGCAGCACAACUGUGGAAGCUGAGUACAUGUGAUGUGUGUGAGAUCGCCAGAAACAGCGUCCUUCAGAGUGGUCUGUCUCAUCAGGAGAAGAAGCACUUCCUGGGGGAGAAUUAUCUAGAGGACGGACCGGAAGGAAAUGAUAUCCGCAGGACAAACGUGGCACAGAUCCGUAUGGCCUAUCGGCAUGAGACCUUGUGCAAUGAGCUCAGCUUCCUGGUGGAGGCUGUAAAGUCAGAAUGUGUGGCUACCAAAGCCCCGUAAAGAUAGCAGGAUGAUAGAUAGGGUACACCAUGGGUCUAAACAAGUGGCCUAGACAUCAUGUGAGAGUGGAAGCUGUGUCUUGCUUCAGAUGUAUUGUAGCAGACACCAUCCACCAUCGAGGCGCGGCGUACUCUGCACAUUCCCCGCUUAGUAACAAGCCAUGAGGCUGACUUUGUGCCUAAUAAAUGACAGAUCUAUCGUUCUUAUACUGAAUUAAUAAACCUUUAAAUAGCUGAUGGAUAUAUAGAAUAGCCUAUCCACUGUAUAUUAUGAAUCCAUUCUUUGAAAAUGGUGCAUUGUGAUGAAACGUUACUGUACUUUGCAUGGUUUUUGAAAAUGACAUUUAGAGUUUGUCUUUUUUUAAGGGAUCAUAAACAAGUGUUACCUUUUAUAAGAGGGAGUCUUUGGGUGUGCCACUUUAAUAAUGGAUUUGUUUGUUUUGAUAAAUGUUUUACAUACAGUAUAAUAGACAGACAGAAACAGGGCCUUAUAUCUGUCUAGAUGAACAAGACUGUUUGCAACUUGAGAAUCUGGGGAAGUUUUUUUGGGUGGCUAAAGGGGUGGAGCUUUAUUUUUGUUGUAUAAUAGACUUGUGUACUUAAACUUUGCACACCUGAUAAGUACACAGAAAGAGUAAGGGUGUGGUUUGAUGUAUGCAUGGGUUGGAAUUGCAGUUUGAAAAUAUGUGGAAGCUGAAAUAAACAUACGAAAACUGUACUCAAACUAAAAAUAAAAACUAUGAUCAAGCACAA